AAGAAGAAGAAGAAGAAGAAGAAGAUGGAGGAAACCACCAACACCGCCACCACAGUGUCCAUGGCCGCCAAGGGCCAGCAGGUUGAGGCUGCAAAGAAGACCCAAGAGACGGAGCUUCCUUUAUACGAUGAUUUUGAACCUUUAUGCACUUGGCAUAGGGAGGAAGAUAAAGAUACGCUUGUCGUCCAUCUCCCUGAAUUCAAAGUAGAUGAACUGAAGGUCUUUACUAGCAAUCGCGGCAACCUGAAGAUUAGCGGAGAACGCCCCAUCAUCAAUGGAAAGGGACGCGUUCGGUUUACCAAGGAGAUGAAGAUCUUGAAGAACUACGAUGCCAGUAAAAUCACUGCCAAGUUUACCACGGAUGGCUGUACUCUUCAGGUUACGCUGCCCAAGAAAAUUAUUCCUAAUUCAGAGUCAGACGCCGUCGCCGCCGACUUGCAGCCGAAAGUGGGAGGGGAAAGCGGAAGGGCCGGCGCCGGUGCCGGCGCAAAGGUGGCGUUGAGCUUUGCAGUGGUGGCGGCGGCGGUGGCGGCAUUGGCUGUGGGUGCUUAUGCAAUAUUCAAGCGUGGUACAUCUUCCUCCAAUGCUGAUUCCUCCGCCGCCCAGGCCCCCGUUUCUCCAAACAUUUAAUUCAGUAGAGAUGACGGCGGUGGCAUUAACAAAAACUUACCACGCCAUGUCACACUUGUUCUUACCUAUUUUCAUUCCUGUUUUAUUAUUAUUAUUAUUAUUUUUUUCACGUGUAACGACCAAGUAUCAUUAUUAUAGACAUGUUAAACAACCUAC